UUAGCUGAUAAAGAAAUGUUUUAUUGUAGAAUAAAUUCCUAGAAUUUUUUAAAAACUGUAAAAGUAAAAGUUUCUGGAAGAUUAGGUUGUAAUUAAUAUGAGAGAGAUACAAAUAUAAAUAAAUUAUUACAUACAAGAUAUUAUAUGUGUAGCACAUAAUCAGAGACAUGAAACAAUGUAAUUUAAUACUUUUAACAUCAAUGAGCAGUUUAUUUAAAUAACCAAGGAUUAUACAAGCUUUUAAAGUAUACAGAGAAUAGGGUAUGAUAUUUCCCAAGGAAUUCAGAAAAUGCCUUACAAUGAGCGAAGAAUGUCCAAAUUGCGGACAACUUACAAAUGCGUCUUUCUCAAGACUUAUCAAGGAUAGCUGCGGUCACACUAAAUGUCGAAUGUGUUUGCUAUAUGAGGAGCAUGGUUGCAAAAUCUGUCAAGCUAAACAUACUCAAGGCACUCAAGAUUACUUAGAAAAACUAUGUUCCACAAAUGGAGAUUCAAAUGAUACACACAAAUUGUCCAGUGAAGAGAUUGUAUUGCCAUUAGAACUAGUCAUCAACAAAGAUUCCAAGUCUAAAGAGAGCCAGAGUCUUGACUCCACUUCCACUGAGUGCAAAUCAUCACAUCUUCAUUAUGAAAAUGUCACUUUUGAUAAAGAUGGAGUUUACAAGUUUGCUAUAAAUGAUACAAUUACCAGUAAUGAUUCCAACAAGUUAUACAUUCCAGAGAUAGAGACCCGUGAUGUAGUAUUGGACACUUGUUCCAAUUUAAAAAAAGGAGAUGAUCACAAUUCUGCAAAUUUGCAAACUCCUUGUUGUAAUCAGGCAGAGGAGAAGCUCGAAAAAACCGUGGAGAAGAAUAAGAACAUCAAAUGUCGUGAUCGCAGUCAUAUAACAAUAAUACCAGGCACCCCAGAAAAAUAUAAGUGUAAUGUAUGCAGUAAAAUUUUUCGUAACAAAAAAGACAAGUGUUAUCAUGACGCCUGUGUGACAGGCAUUAAGCCAUAUCAAUGCACCUUCUGUGAUAAGAGCUUUGUCAAACGCUCUCACUUUGAGUAUCAUGAAAGGGUUCAUAAAGGGCACAGACCAUACAAGUGCAACCUUUGUGAAAAAGCUUUCCCCCAGCAGAACAAACUCAACAGGCACAUGUUUUCCCACAGCAAGGAAAAACAGUUUGUAUGUCCUGAAUGCAACAAACGAUAUAGCAAACGAGAUGAUUUAAAAAAUCACAUAAAUGUGCACAACGCAACGGCGAUGUAUAAAUGCAAAUCCUGUGACAAAUCCUUCCGCAUAUUAACAAAUCUGAAACGUCACAUGCGAACGCAUACAAGCGAACGAUCGCAUACAUGCGACGAGUGCAACAAGAGUUUCAAGGACCGAUUCUUGUUGAAACGACACAAACGGACUCACGAGAGGGAGAGGCCAUUCUCUUGCGCCCAUUGCAACAAAGUUUUUCUGUCCAAGAGCGAAUUGAGACGACACUUAACUGUACAUUCAGACGAGAAACCGUUUUCCUGUGAGUACUGCCAAACGCCAUUCAGACGCAAGGAUAACCUGAAUCGGCAUAUCAGGCACCAUCAUACUGAGGAUUUUAGCUGCGAGACGCGCGAAAUGCCAAUCGUCGAAGCGGACUCGCGAAGUUGUUCGACGAAGAACAAUCAGCAACGAUCAAGACAGAAACAACCGAGGAAAACACAGCCGAAAAGUCCCGGCAAGAUCACGGCGGCAUUUCCGUGUUCUCAUGUUGAUCAGAUCAACUCCCGACUGGAUUCUAUGGGCAAUAUUACGCCUAUAAUAAAAACCACUAGUGAGGUGAGCAACGCAGUACCGGUGAUCAACGGACCUAUCAACAUUAGGCGGCUAGAGGAUAGGACCGACAAAAAAACGUUCACGUAUACGGUGCCGAUUCCGAUUGCCGAAGCCGUAGUAAUUAACUGUCGGAUCGAGGAAAAGUUAUACCCCCAGAGUGCCAGCAGCCACAAUUAUUUUGUGCGCAGCUGCCUCAAGGAUAGGAAUUCCAGAGUGAACUCUUAUCCCAACAAUAAACUCACGCCGCAAGAGAACCAUGAUUCCAACAUGGCCACGUCUUCGAGAAUUGAGUCGACUCUUCCGAGAGCAACAGGAGACCGAAAUGAUCCGACUAACGUCUACGAGGAUAAGAUUGCGAGAUAUGAUGAGGAAGAAAAAGGCAAUCGGGAUGAGGACGAAACAGUGAGAAGAGAUGUGAAGACUCGGGAAGGGAUAGAAAAUUGUAAUACCUGUAGAGAGAAUGAUAUAAUUUGUCUUCGAGAAUCUAAUUGUGUCUCCACGAUCAAGAAGCUCACUACGCAGCAAUUGGCGGAGGUAAAUUUGAACGAAAAAUCCACGGCAAACGGCGAGGAUUCGGAGGUGAUGAUAUUGCCGAAGGAUUCUCAGGAUAGCUGCAGGGCGAAACAAAACAACAUGCAUUGGAGACGCAGAAUUGCGGAAACGUUAAAGCCGUGCUGAUCAGCGCUUUGAAUACAGAAGUCAGAAUUGGAGCAAAACUGGCGACAAAUAUGUGAAAUGCUUGUCACAAUAAUGACAAGGCGCUUGUACUUCAUAAAGUUUUAUCCAAAUUAUGAGUGAAAAAAUAGCGUUCAAGUUCUAAUGUUAAAUUAAUACAUGUUAAAUUAAUUUAUAUAUAUAUUGACCUAAAUUAUAUAAAUAAAUUUGUUUAGGUUUUAAACA